AUGCCUCCCCAACUCCCCACCACCCACCCUCCCUGGCCCGGGAACCCCCUCACCUUUGUCGUCCAUCAGCAUGACAUCCUGAAAUCCGCUCUAAGCCCACCAUGCCGAUGCAUAGACUGUCAACACAGUUUCUACGCCAUCGAAGAACAAUUUCGGCCCAUGUUCUGGUACAAAGCGAAUCUAACGGCUCAUCCCAUGCUGGUCCAGGAGAUCAUUAGCGAUCAUGUACAGCAAUCUGAGUCGGAUCGACAAUACCUAACUAAGCGGUUAGAGAGUCAUGGUGAUCUGAUUAUGAGUCGGUGGAAGAAGAAGGCGCGGGGGAAGAGAGAGGAGAUUUUAGUGAAGGCGAUCCCGGAGAUUUGUUUGUACCGGUUCAUUAAUCCGCUGUUUUGUUAUACCGGGGCUCAUAAGAAAACGGGUAUGGGUGAGAGAACUGAAAAACAUAGGAAGCAACUAUUGCUUCACUGGUUUAAUGUCGAGGUUCUGAAGACGAGUCCUGCGGUUUUGUUUGCGCUCUUGCAUAAUCGUACGGUGUAUCCAUUGCAAGAUUGGGCGCCGUUCGAUCAGAGACAACUGAUAUUGAGCUGGGCAUGUGGACAUUUCGAUGUUAAAUUUUCGCCGAUGUGUGUGGUUAUGUAUGGGUCUGAAUAUGGGAAGGUUGUCGACUGGGACGCCGAAUCAGCUCAUAGAGCUGAUAUUGUUGGGUUUCCCAAGGCGGAAUUGGUUCUUGAAGCUCAAUCACUCCUUAUGACCGGACUCAGAAAGGUCGUCGAUAUCAUUCUUGACGGCGUCGAUUUCAACGUACCUGGGUCAUCCAAGAACUGGAAGGCAAUGAGCAGAGGCGGGUUCAGACAUAACAACGAAGUAGAGUUGUGGUCGCCUUACACAAACCAAGCAUUUUCUGCACCACCCUAUUUCUCAAUCGAUGCUAUCAUCUCGCUAAUAGAUGUGCGGUUAUCAGCUCAGGGUGACCACCUGAUAGAUCUUCAAACCGAUCCAGCGUACAUGAGGCGUUACAUUAGAGUCAUGGCUCAAGGAAUCUUCUACAAGGCCAUACCCAAGCACGCUGAAGGAUUGCUGUUGACAACUCAGCUAUCCAGGGCAGUCUACAACUUUUGGCGAAUGACAUGGAUCAGAAGUGAAUGUGAGCAUGUCAGAGGAAUUCGUGACAGAUUCCGUGACAGCAUUCGCCCAGGCCAACCUUUACCAAAGGCAUACGACAGAGCCCUUGGUGCGCUGGAACUUCUUGUAGUCAAUGGAGUCAACCGCUUGGCUGACGGACUCGCAUUUAAUCUGUUUCAACGGCCAGGCUUUUCACAUAAAUAUACGUCGUCUCAGGAUCCGCAGCUGGGUGAAGAUUUGUUACAUAUGGAAAGAAACCCCGCUGCUCCUGUUGACCAGAAACUUCUUUACGAUCAAGAUCCUUUGGAAUGGUGUUUAACCCAGCUACAGGGCCGCCCAGAUGUUCAGACAAACUAUGACCAUGCUGUCAUGUUCUCUUUCCUGGAAGCACACCUUGCAAAGAGUAAUGCAAAGGAUAAUGCACGGAUUGAUGAACUUUUGUUCCAAGAGCUCUCUGAUCUAGCAUCAUGCCAUGAGAUCUUAGUAUCGAUUCGUCUUCAUAGACCACAGAAUGAAGCUUGUGAUCUCGACGAGUUGUUGGAGUCAGAAACAGAGAUGUCCAGAAUUGCAUGGAAGACAUGGAAACCAGACGCACAACUUUCUCUGGACAAAAAAGACAUCAGUAAACUAGGAGCCGAUUUCUCGGAUAGCUUUCACCAGGCUACUACUCCAGUUGGCAAGAAAAACACUGUAUGGCUCAAGAAUCAAAAGUUGAUGCGUACCGCUCUAGAGAAUUUCUGGGAUGGACUCAAGAAGUCAUGCGCAUUAGCUCUAGGCCAAUCAGGCCUUAUGGCAGGAGAAAUAAGUUUUUGCACAGAGAUCAUAUCAGCUACCACCAACCCUGAUUACAAGGCGUUGGUGGAGGGAGAAGAAAGAGCGGUUAUGGAGGCCGUCAAAAAAGACCGCGGAACUACCGCAGGACCAGCACAAAAGGAAUGGGGAAGUAGUGGAACAGAAGAAUUGACCACAGCCAUCUCCAAGAAGAAGAACAAGACCCGGCCCGCUGAAGCAGAAACAAACUCAAAAGGCAAUGUAGAGGGUAUUGCUGCGCUAAAAAUCGAUACCCCGAGUAACAAUCAGAGCCUUCCCAAAAUAGAAGUCAAGAAACGGGCUUUCACAGUACUAAAUUGCAUGUAUCCAGAAUCUGCUGCAGAUACAACAAAGACCAUCGAUUGGGACAACUUUGUCCAUGCCAUGGUAGAUAUGGGCUUUUCUGCCCGAAACGGAGGCGGUUCUGCUGUUGUGUUCGAGAACCAAAAUGGGGAUGGGAAAUCUGCUGGUGGCAGGAUCAUCUUCCACAAGCCUCACCCAGUACCUAAGGUAGAUCCCAUCAUGUUGCAGUCGUGGGGUAGGAGAAUGUCUAAAUGGUUUGGGUGGCAAAAAGAACUGUUCGUACCAGAGCCCUAA